UGGUGAGCGGUGGGCAGAUACAAGUGGAUGACAAAGAAUUUUCCAGAAAAAAUGUUCCAAUAAGAGAGACGACGCCACUUUCUCGGGAAUAUUCAAAGUUUUUUUGAAUUUGAUUUCUGGGUCCAAAGAAUCAUCGUCUCAAUGUUCUUUUGAAGAAAGCCUCACCAGGGUCUCUCUGCAUUUGUCUCCCCUGUUCGGACUCUGUUUUUAAUUCUUAUCUUGAGAGAAGGGAAAGAAGAUGAUUAAGUUAUGGAUGGUGACUUCUCUUGAAAUCGCUGAACUCUUCGUGAGCGCUAUGGUGCAUUUGCUUUACGGGUUUUAUAUAUUCAGCACAGCCGUGGCCGGAGAUAUUUCGAAGAACGUUAAUGAUUACUUUUUCAAGUCAAAUGUGGAUGUCAACGAUGAUUAUCAAAGUCAAAGCAAUGUCCAAGGUCUGCCUCCUAUUGUAUUGGUUCAUGGUAUCUUUGGUUUUGGCAAAGGGAGAUUAGGAGGCUUGUCAUACUUUGCUGGUGCCGAGAAGAAAGAUGAGAGGGUUCUUGUUCCUGAUUUGGGAUCCUUAACAAGCAUCUAUGAUAGGGCAAGGGAGUUAUUCUAUUACCUAAAAGGAGGAAGAGUUGAUUUUGGAGAAGAGCAUAGUGAAGCUUGUGGACAUUCUCGUUUUGGAAGAGACUAUGGAGAAGGGCAAUACCCUGAGUGGGAUGAGGAUCAUCCUAUUCAUUUUGUGGGGCAUUCCGCUGGUGCCCAAGUUGUGCGUGUGUUGCAGCAAAUGCUUGCAGAUAAGGCAUUUGAAGGGUUUGAAGAAACGAAUGAGAAUUGGGUUCUGAGUGUGACAUCAUUGUCUGGAGCAUUCAAUGGUACCACCAGGACUUACUUAGAUGGCAUGAGGACAGAAGAUGGAAUAAGCAUGAAACCAAUAUCUCUGUUGCAGCUAUGUCGUAUAGGCGUGAUAAUGUACGAUUGGUUGGACAUCUCAUGGCUAAAGACUUACUACAGUUUCGGGUUCGAUCACUUCAACAUGUCAUGGAAGAAAACCGGCUUGAGAGGUCUAGUUGAUUGCCUUGUCGGAAACACAGGUCCUUUUGCUACUGGUGAUUGGAUCUUACCUGAUCUGACGAUCCAAGGCUCCACAAGUCUCAACUCCAAUCUACAGACGUUCCCAAACACUUACUACUUCAGCUACGCGACUAAACGUACACGCAGAAUCAUGGGCAUGACUAUCCCUUCAGGUGUUCUUGGCAUCCACCCUAUGCUCUUUCUCCGCGUCUUUCAGAUGAGCCAAUGGAGAUUCCCGCAGGAUGUUUCUCCUCCCUAUAAAGGCUAUAGGGAUGAGGAGUGGCAAGAGAACGAUGGGGCAAUGAACACGAUAUCAAUGACGCAUCCGAGGCUACCCGUGGAGCAUCCUAGCCGGUUCAUAAGGAGCGACUCUGAGUGCCAAACGUUACAACCUGGAAUAUGGUACUAUAAGAUAGUGGAAGCAGAUCACAUAACGUUCAUAGUGAAUAGAGAGAGAGCUGGAGUGCAGUUUGAUCUAAUAUACGACAGUAUCUUCCAACGUUGCAGGAAACAUGUUUUUAGAAAGAUUCCUCAGACUCUCCCUAAUCAGUCUCCUCGUGCUCCCCGCUCUCCUCGUUGAUAGCCUAAAAACAGCAGCUUUGACUACAUUGACGUUGAGCCUUAAUUCUUUAGCAAUUCAUUAAUAUUAGAUAUAUCCAUUGUUCUUAUUCUCUCUUGUUUUUAUAUACUAGUAUAAACAUCUACAUUUCAUUUAAAAUUUAUAGAUGCAUCAGAUUCUUUUUUA